AUGCCGCCAUCUGCUCUGUUUGAAUCACGUUGCUACACACAAUGCAGUGAACACGGUAGAUGCAUGAACGGGGCAUGCCAUUGUAACGAAGGAUAUGGCGGCGCUGAUUGCUCUGUUGUUCUCUCACAACCGCCCAGUGUGCUAUGGAUAAAAGGCGACCGUCACCAUGGAAUGUGUGAUGCACGCAACGAAGAUUGUCAACUUGUUUCCUUAAUCGGCGAUAAUUUACUCAACUCGAAUGCUUUGUCAUGCCAUUACGCAAUCACUGAGCUUGUCAAUGGCAAUUGGUCAGAAACUACAGUUGAUAACUUACAUCAAACAGAGACGAUUUUCAUGAGUUUCCGAGAAGUACAUUGUCAAUUAUCAGAACCCAUUGUAACCAUUGCGCACUCGGAAGAAAAAGGUACAACGUUCGCUACUGUGAUGGUAUAUGUGAGCAAUGACAUGGGAACUACAUUGAGUAAUGGAAUGGUAUUGACGACGUACGAUUCCAGAUGUAUCCUUUGUAACGGCAAUGGAAUGUGUAGGAUGAAGAAAAAUACGUGUCAAAUUAAUGGCCAUUGUUACUCAUCUGGUCAGUACCAUCCCAGUGACUAUACAAUGCAGUGUGUUCCAGGCACAUCCCAGGACAGCUGGACUGUUGAGGAUGAUACUCCGAUUGAUUUGGUGAUCGGUUUGUCUGUAGGCGCCAUGAUUCUGGUGGUGGCACUGGUGAUUGGUGUUGCAUGGUUUUGUAAGAAUCCUCGCAACAUAAAAUAAUACGUCUCCCGUCACGAUUAUAGACGAGCAUGUUGGCCGGGAAAAUUUGUUACAUACAUAUACUCAAGGAACUGUACUUGUUCUUUUGUACAUG